GUUUUAGACCUACGGUUUGCGUGGUUAUUCUACAGUUCGUGACGCUCACUAUCGGCUUCGUAGUGAACUUUUAAAAGCAAAUAUUAUGUUUUUUUAGUCGGUAACGGUUGAAAAAAACUACCAAGUUAAACGUCCCAAUGGUUUGUGGAAGCUGUUAUCAACGUAGUGCCUUUCGAGCCACGUCUCGUCAAACCUACGUAACUCGUUAAUUAAAAACCUGUAUAAAAAUAGAAAUUAUAUUUGAAAAGUGUCGUGGACUGUUCACAAUUAUUCCGAAUUUAACCAAAAAAAAUAUGGACACCGCUCUUCUGCUGCCCAAGGUAGUCGUGGCUUUACAAAGAGGCACACUGAGCGUGGCUGAUUGUGACGGUCACUGGGUUUUGGAACUUUGAGGAGGCACUUAAAAUGCCGAAAACGCAUCGAAAUUUCGCCGAUAAAUUAUGGGUUCCGGAAGUAACGAACCCAAAUGAAACAUGAAGACAGAAUAUGUGGAAUAUAAACAUUAGUGAUACCUGUCACCGGUUCGAAACUUUUAAGAAAUAUAGUGACGGACAAAUGAAACGAAAGAGACAAAAUGUUAAAGCAUAUUACAAACGGAGGUGUCGCAAACCGAGGCUCCCGUCCAGAUAGUUCCAUAAUAAUGGAAACUCGAGAUCCCCAGCCUCACAGGUUUCGAUCUCCGAACGCCAACAGUUCUAGAAUAUCAUCGCAACAAUAUCCACUGAAUGUUUCCCAGCUUCACGCUUUAACGCCUAAUAACUUAGACAACUCGAAACAUUCGAUCUACAGCAACGCAACCGUUCUCUCUCCAGGCAACAAAGUUCUCAACGGAGGCUUAAACAUAUCGAGAAUCCGGAAUCAAAGCACCGUGAAUAAAUUCAUCGCCAAAUCUAAACAAGUGGGCGUUAAAGAAAUGUUAGUGAGUUUGGGACUGCUGUGUUUGGUUAGCUUGCUACUAGCUUUGUUAUCGCUGAUAUUUUUGCUGAAAAUUUCACCCGUAACGGCGAACGAUAUUAGAGAACUGCUGAGAGCCGAACAGCUAACAGUUAUCACUGCCGAAGAAUAUGUCGUGGUUUAUGAAGUGACAUUGGCUUUGUGCGCUUUGACAUUGUCUCUUAAUUUGUGUUGUCUGUUGGUGUGCGCUAUUCAGUUUCUGUUUGCAGUCAAAUUGGUGAAAAGUCCCCACGGAGGCAGCGACAGGACAAACAAAUACCUUCAAAAAUCAUCAGUCAGUAGAGUUUGCGCAGUAGGGGGAUUUUUCAUUUCUAUACCAGUAUUUUUAACAGGUAUUAUACUGUACACAUUCAUCCAAUUUCAUUCGACCCCCGCCAUCGUAACGAGUGUAUUUAUCGGUCUGGGAAUAAUAUUUUGCGGCUGCGCUAUGGUCCACAACGUGUUCAUUUGGCAGAAAGAGAAGACGAACGCAGUGAAAGAGCUGGCAUUGCGACACGACACGACUCAACAUAAUUCAUUUCACAGCGUCGCUUCCCACCAGCCUCAAACCACCCAACUCAACCACUCGCAUGUCAGUAACUUUAAUCAUAGUUUUGGCCAUCCUUUGGCAUCCAUUCACAGUAAUGGGCCUUACAUAGUUAGGCCGUCUACGACCACACCUCCUUCGGGCGAAAAUUUGAACAUCACGAAGCAUCCGAGGGAGGCCAGUGGCAGCGUCAGUCCGAGUAUGCCGGCCGCUGCUAUUGAUCUCAGUAGCGUCGCUACUACUAAUUCGCCACACGAACUAUCGACAUUGGUAUAAUGAAUACGGUUUUAUAAAAUGCUUAUGCAAUUGAUCGAAAACUCCCCUCUAGUCAUUUGCAAUACUUUCAAUCGAAUAAUAUCGCUUACUCCGGCUGCUGGCUGCCAAUUUUGUGCGGAAAUCCCAAAAUAAGACAUUUAAAAAAAAUAUGAUGACGUAAACGGAUUUUUUUUCAUUUGUUUUUAAUUUUUAGAGUGGUCAUUUGUCUUCAAAUCGAGAUAUUUAAAGAUUUGCAUUUCAAUGAAUUAGAUACUGCUUAGAUGUAUAUAAGGGUGUUACAUUCACAGUUCCUAUUAAAAUAAUGUAAUGAAGAAAUAUAAGAUAUUACAGAUAACUAAAAUGUUUUAGAGUUGAGAUAAAUUCGAUUAGAAUAAUUUUUGCUCUACCCCGCAAAGGAAAGUAGGCAUUUGCUUCGGUGAAAAGGGCUCUUCGUACGCUCUCGUUGAUUGAUUUCAAUUGUAUUGCCGCUAGAGGGCGGUAUGCAACAUCACUACAAAUAAAAUGAGUUUUCUCAAAAAAUUAAAUGCAGCAUCACUUUUAUUACAACGAACCAUAGGUAAAUGAGGGUCUAACACGUUAGUGAAAACUGCAUUUUGAUGUCUCGUUCGUAACCUAUAACAUUAAAAAGAAAAUUUGUUCGCCAUCUUGGGAAAUAUUUGAUUAUUAUUAAAUUUAUUUAACUAAUUAUAAUUUUUAAUUUAAAUUAAUUAAAAUGAACUAAUGCGUUACAACAUAUUACAAUACAAUAAUACGGAUAAAAUACUAAGAUCUUUGCGUUUUAAUGCAGGAUCCAGAAACAGUGACUUUUUCAAUAUUUUGAAAAUUAAUACAAAAUAUAUCAACUUCAACAGGUGAAAACGGCAUUUUUUACAAAUAAUUUAUAUUAAUAUACAAAUUUGAAAGUAAAUUUAUAAAUAUUUUACUAAAAGAAUAAAAAUUAAGAUUUAAUAAUGGCAGGUACACUGGAAAUAUUCCCAAAGAUGGGAAAUUAUUUCGAUUUUUUAUUUCUUUUACUGAUAUUCUAGGUUAGGAACGAGAUUUCAAAAUGCGGUUUUCACUAGCGUGUUAAACGCUUAUGUGGCCAUCUUUUGUGUAUAUUUCUUUAUAACAAUUUUUUUUUGAGAAAAUAAGUUCACAUUUGACAAUAUGCAUUCUGAAGUUAUUAAAAUUUAUUACUCUCAAAAGAGGAAAUUUAACAAUGCCAUUAAACCUCUAAUAUUUUACAGCUUGUUCUAUUGGCAGCUUUAAUUUUUAGUUUUUUCAGCCCAAUUAAAUUAUUUAAAAAAUAUAUAUCAAGAAAACUCUUUACGUUAAUCAUAUUGUAUAUAGUUGUAAAAAAAAUCCUAUUGGUCAUCAAAAUUGCCAGCUUCCGGAACAGCUACUUUUAUUUUUCCCAUCAAUGAAAUGCUCGACGAAUGGAAUUCCCAACUUGUUUAAAAUUUCAACUUUUACGCUUUAUACAGGAUGUACCAGAAUGAUGCCUUUCUCAAUGUAUAGGAGAAACCCUUCAGUUAGAAAAUGCAACAUGCGUAGGCAUAGCUUGUCAACUGUGCAUUGCUAAAAUAAACCCUUGUCUGAAAAUGUCCGGUUUUCAGGAUCAUUUUGCCUAUUUUGUUGAAAUUUACUUUGAUAAGGUUUACUAUCAACCAUGAUAAUUAUAAUUCCAGUGACGCGUGAGGGAAACGAUUUGGGGGAUUAGUUUUUUUAAAUACAUUUAAGAAAUAUAGAAAUAUUAGAACACAGAGCAAAUCUAUUAUAUGAUUUGAUUUUUGCAAAUACCGUCGUCACUCAUAGGGCAUCCCGUAUAAAGGUGUAUUAUUUUCUACUUGGUAGACUGCCAGUGUUGUUACAACUAGUCUUUUACUGUUAUUUGAACCUUGCCAUUUAAUAAUUUGAAUUUUCCAUUUUUCUAUAAUAUAUUAUAUACAUACAAUGUAAAUAAAUUGUAAUAUAUAAAAAAUAUAUUUAUUGUGUUACUAUUUAUUAAAUGUAUUUUCUAUUGUAUAUAUAGCAUUAUACACUGGCAUACCCGUUCAUGUUUUGUAAAUAACGCGAUAAAAUUAAUCGUUUGUAAAAUUAUAACCAAUCGUCAGUGAAAUGAAUUCAAUCGCCAAUUGUGUUCAAUGGUGUCGAUUGCAAACGUUUCCCGGGAAAAUGUUAUCAUAAAUUGUUCAUUCAAAUCAAAGACUCAAGUACAAAUGCACUCUGCCUUUUAGCUUUGUUGAUAAAUGUAUUUUUAGGGCGUAAAACACAUUUCUAAUAGAAUAUUUUCAUACUGUC